AUGGAUAUCUUGCAGCACGCAGCAGUAGGGGCCGUCGUGGCUGGCGGUGGGUUGGCCACCGCACAUAAUCUACUUUCUCGGAGACUGAAGGCCCCGAGUUCGCUGGCUCUGUCGCUCGGGAGCUUCGUGGGCGUCUUCCGCUUGCUGGAGGCGACAGGCCGCAAGUUGGCAGCUCGAAACGGACGCCAGAACCCGAAUAAUGCGUCACAAGCGGCAGCAGUCGCUGUUGUCGAGGCGGCAUUGGGACUCAUCCCGGACUUUACGUCACUCGCCGACGCCAAAUACAUCGAUCUUCCGCUGGGGGCAUUGGCGGCCGGGCCACUGAUCGACUCGUGGAUCUACCAGAGCGACGCCAUCGCCAAGUCUCAGUUGGCGGCGCUAGACAGCUUCUGUCAGCUGCCGUCCAGUGUCCUGCACCGCAUGCGCGACGAGAUUCCGUCCGGGAAGUUGGUCUCGCGCUGCGACGUGUUCCACCGCGGCCGCACCUGCUCGCAGUUCCAUCGCGACUACUUUGUCAAGGGCAUGACGUUCGCCAUUCGACUGUACGUGCCCAUUUACGCCGUUACAAGCGCUGGCUGUGGGGUCCGCGACCGGCCGCUGGUCGUGCGCUAUCUGCGCACCUGCUGCUGCCUCACGAUGCUGUACCAGGUGCCGCUGGGCUUCUCGUGCUUGUCGCCGAGCGACCGACAUCGUGCGACCGUCAGGAUGGCGGGCGCGCUGACCACGCUGGCCUUCCUGGCCGAGCACGAGCACCGUCGAGGCAGCGUCAUGAAGGCCGUGGGGGUGUACACUACCGGCGCGGUGGCCGCUCGGAUUGUGACUGCGUUGGGCAUUUCACCCACGACCGUGAAGCUGAGCCAGCUCGUGCUGUUCCAGGCUGCUAUGGCCAUCAUCUUCCAGCACGCGUCACCGGCCUCGUCUCGCUUGGCGCGAAUGCUCUACGGAUACAUUGACAAGCCCGCUGCAACGAGGGACGACGCGCGCCACAAGAGGACGUGA